UACUGUUAAAGAGUUGCCUUCAGUUAUGGUUGUUCUAUCAGCUUUGCAAUUUUUAAAGAGAUUAGAGUUGAAUUACUGCAGUAUUACAGAGUUACCCAAUAAUAUUGACAAUCCGCCCUUACUCGUAGAUCUAGAAUUGGAAGGAAACAAUUUUGAGAGCAUCCCAACAAACAUCAUGAACCUUUCCAAGUUACAAAGCCUUAACAUAAGGUUUUGUGAUAGGCUUCAAUCCUUACCAAAGCUUCCACGCAAUAUAAAAGAACUUCUAGCAGAUGGUUGCAAAUUGCUGAAAGAAUUAUCAGGUUUUACAAAUCUAAUAACUCCAGGACCUGAUAGAAGGUCACUGAGCUUGUUCAAUUGUGUCAGUCUGGAUUGGGACGCAAUCAGAAACAUUUUGAGUGAUUCUAUAUUGGAUACGUACUCAAGUAAAAUUAACCAUUUCGCAUAUAAGGUAACUCCCCAGCGAGAAGUUGAAAUUUGUUACCCUGGAAGUGACAUUCCGGAAUGGUUUAACAUUCAAAGUAGUGGAUCAGUUAUUAAGUUACCACAAGGUUCAUUCAAUGGGAAGGUUCUGGGUCUUGCCUUUUGUUUCAUUGUUGAAGUUGAAGAUAAUUGUGAUGAGUGUAAUUUCUUUGGUGUUGGUUCUACGUUGAGACUGAGUCGCCCUGAUGUGGACAGAAUGUCUAGUGAACAGACAUAUCUUUUGACCAAGUGUAUUAAGUCAGAUCAUGUAUUAGUGAUAUAUGACCACAUUAUAUGGGAGAUAUUUGGGACAGAAGAUUUUAAAUUCGCUUGUGAUACGGAAGCCGUUAUCUCUUUCCGUCCCUUAGAUAGUUUAGAAUUUACAGAGACAAAUUGGAUAAAAAAUAUAAAGAAGUGUGGGGUUCGUUUAUUGUUCACUGAAGAGUUGGAGGAAACUAUGAAAAGAUCAGGAUGUUCCAUCCAUGGUGAAGAAGAUGGAUUUAAAUCUUCAAAUUUCUAUAAAGGCGAAUCCAGCUCAAGACAAUCGGGGCCUUCCAUGGUCAGCCAACCUCUACCGGACUGCAUGACUGAAAAAGGGGAAUUGGAGCCUCUGCCGAGGGAAGUGCUCAAGCACAGGUAUACUGGCAAUGGUGAGCUAGAGGUUUUUGUUGCCUGGAAAAAUUUACCAGAAUGUAAGAAUUCAUGGGAGCAAUACACUGCCUUCAAACAAGCUUUCCCACAAUUCCACCUUGAGGAUAAGGUGCCACUCGAUAGGAGGGGAAAUGUUAGGUCUAGAAUUUAUGUAUCACGCAAGUGGAAGAGAGACCAAAUGAAGGGUACACCUAGCGACUUGGAGUUAAAGCAAGAGGCAGAAUUUACGGGAGAUUUUAGGUUCGGAAUUUAUGUAUCACGCAAAAGGAAGAGAGCCCAAAUGAAGGCACACCUGGAGGAAUCAUAUUGGCUAUCAAAAAUGCUGGAGAGGAGAGGCAAUCAAAGUUGAAAGCUGGUUGUUGGAAACAAACACAAAAGGAGAGGUUUUAGUCCUGGAGGAGGGAGCAAGCAGAAUUAAUGAAAAGUAGGAGUACAAGGAGAGAGACUAGACCUCUUGAAAGCCUAGAGUUCAGUUACUUUUCUUAUUGCCGUUUCUGGCUAUUUUUUGCAUUUUGUAAGAAGAAACAGAUCAUGAGUUCAUGUAAUUACUAAAAUUGGUGAUUUGACUUUGUAAUGCACUUACAGUUAAUGAAGAAGAAUAUCUCUUUUUUUCUUA